CUGGCAUCUCUCUGGGGAGAGAGAGGAGGGGGACCCUGCCUCUAAAAUGAGUCUCUCUGGGAACAUGACACCAAAACUAAGAGACCAAUCAAGCAGGAGAGACCAGCCUCCCCUGUUCCCAGCUGUGUGUCCAUGAAGAGUGACCGGUCUAUGGGUCUACCUAUAAACUUUAGAGAGGAAGACUUUUCUACUGAACAAAGAAACCAACAGGAGAGAUCAGAGUCAGAGAUUCUCAGUGGUCAGUCUUCCCAGAGUCAUCAAACAGACCUGGCCUCCAUAUUCAGUUUGCUUGAAGAGAAAAUUAUGACAUUUGUGAAGAAUGAGCUGAAGAUGUUCAAGAGGAUUCUUAGUCCAGAACUCCCAGAAGGCUUUGAGAGUCAGAAGCAGGAUAAGGAAGUGGUGGAUCCUGAAGAUGAGAAGCAGGAGAGCAGUGCCAGAGAGGGGGCUCUGAAGAUCACACUGCACAUCCUGAGGAAAAUGAACCAGAAGGAGCUUGCUGACACACUGGAGAAAAAUUCAGAUGAUCCUGCUGUGAUUUGCCAACGUGAACUCAAAUCUAAUCUAAAGAAGAAGUUUCAAUGUGUAUUUGAGGGGAUCGCUAAACAAGGAAACCCAACACUUCUCAAUAAGAUCUACACAGAGCUCUACAUCACAGAGGGUGGAACAGGAGAGGUCAAUAAUGAACAUGAGCUGAGACAGAUUGAAACAACAACCAGGAAACAAGCAAGACCAGAGACUGCAAUCAAAUGUAACGACAUCUUCAAACCCUUAACUGGACAAGACAAACCUAUCAGAACUGUGCUGACAAAGGGAGUCGCUGGCAUUGGAAAAACAGUCUCUGUGCAGAAGUUCAUUCUGGACUGGGCUGAAGGAAAAGCAAAUCAGGAUGUCCAAUUUGUAUUUUCAUUCCCUUUUCGGGAGCUGAAUUUGAUGAAAGAGGACAAACAAACUUUGAUUGAUCUUCUCAAUCACUUCUCAGUGGAAACCAAACAAUCAAGAAUCUCCAACUACCACAAGUACAAAGUUCUGUUCAUCUUUGAUGGUCUGGAUGAGUGCCGACUGCCCCUAGACUUCCAGAAGAACAGGAUCUGUUGUGACGUCACAGAGUCAACCUCAGUGGAUGUUCUGCUGACAAAUCUCAUCAAGGGAAAUCUGCUUCCCUCUGCUCUCCUCUGGAUAACUACCCGACCUGCAGCAGCCAAUAAGAUCCCUUCAGUGUGUGUUGACCAGGUGUCAGAGGUACGAGGGUUCAAUGACCCACAGAAGGAGGAGUACUUCAGGAAGAGAUUCAGUGAUGAGGACCUGGCCAGCAGAAUCAUCUCACACAUAAAGACAUCAAGGAGCCUCCACAUCAUGUGCCACAUUCCAGUCUUCUGUUGGAUUUCUGCAACAGUCCUUGAACACAUGUUGAAACAUAAGAGAGAAGAGAUGCCCAAGACUCUGACUGAGAUGUACACACACCUUGUGGUGUUUCAUACCAAACAGAAGAAUGAAAAGUAUCUUGGGAAAGAAGAGACAGGUCCACGCAACCUAAUUUUCUAUGAAGAAGACCUGAAAGAGUCUGGUAUUGAUGUCAGUGAAGCCUCAGUGUACUCAGGAUUGUGCACACAGCUCUUUAAAGUGGAACGUGGGCUGUUCCAGGAAAAGGUGUACUGCUUUGUUCAUCUGAGCAUUCAGGAGUUUCUGGCUGCUGUAUAUGUGUUCCUCUCAUUCAUCAACAACAAUGAGAAUCUAAUGGAUGAACUGCAAACAAAAAACAACUCUGAAGUUACUUUCUACAAGAGUGCUGUGGAUAAAGCCUUACAAAGUGAGACGGGAAACCUGGACCUUUUCCUCCGCUUCCUUCUGGGCCUCUCACUGGAGUCCAAUCAGAAGCACUUACGAGGUCUACUGACAAAGACAAGAAGCAGCUCACAGAGCCAUGAAGACACAGUCGAGUACAUCAAGGAGAAGAUCAGGGAGAAUCUCUCUUCAGAGACGAGCAUCAAUCUGUUCCACUGUCUGAAUGAACUGAAUGACCAUUCUCUAGUAGAGGAGAUCCAAAGCUACCUGAGAUCAGGAAGUCUCUCAAAACCCAACCUGUCACCUGCACAGUGGUCAGCUCUGGUCUUUGUGUUGCUGACUUCAGAAAAGGAGCUGGAUGUGUUUGACCUGAAGAAAUACUCCAGAUCAGAGGAAGGUCUUCUGAGGCUGCUGCCAGUGGUCAAAGCCUCCAGAGCUGUUCUGCUGUCAGGCUGUGGAGUCACAGAGGAAGGUUGUGCUUCUCUGGUCUCAGCUCUGGAGUCAAACCCCUCACACCUGAGAGAGCUGGAUCUGAGUAACAAUGACCUGAAGGAUUCAGGAGUGAAGCUGCUCUCUGCUGGACUGGGGAAUCCCCACUGUAAACUGGAGACUCUGAGGCUGUCAGGCUGUGGAGUCACAGAGGAAGGCUGUGCUUCUCUGGUCUCAGCUCUGAGGUCAAACCCCUCACACCUGAGAAAGUUGGAUCUGAGUAACAAUGACCUGAAGGAUUCAGGAGUGAAGCUGCUCUCUGCUGGACUGGGGAAUCCCCACUGUAAACUGGAGACUCUGAGGCUGUCAGGCUGUCUAGUCACAGAGGAAGGCUGUGCUUCUCUGGUCUCAGCUCUGAGGUCAAACCCCUCACACCUGAGAGAGCUGGACCUGAGCUACAAUCACCCAGGAGACUCAGGAGUCAGACUGCUCUCUGCUGGACUGGAGGAUCCACACUGCAGACUGGAGAAACUCAAUGUGGAACAUGGUGGAGGGUACACAAUGAAACCUGGGCCUAGAAAAUAUGUCUGUGAUCUCACACUGGACCCAAACACAGUAAACAGACACCUCUCUCUGUCUGAGGGGAACAGAAAGGUGACAUGUAGAACAGAGAAGCAGCCGUAUCCUGAUCACCCAGAGAGAUUUGAGGGCUGUAGACAGGUGCUGUGCAGAGAGGGUCUGACUGGGCGCUGUUACUGGGAGGUAGAGUGGAGUGGAGGGGCUGUUAUAGGAGUGACAUAUAAAGGAAUCAACAGGAGAGGAGGGGUUGAUGGAUGGGAUGGCUGUGGGCUUGGAUACAAUGACAAGUCCUGGAGUCUGUUCUGCUCUGACCACAGUUACGCUGCCUGGCAUAAUAAUAAACCCACUACCAUAGACGUCCUCUCCAGCUCCCACAGAGUAGGAGUGUAUCUGGACUGGCCAGCCGGCACUCUGUCCUUCUAUAGAGCCUCCUCUGACACACUGACCCACCUGAUCACAUUCACCUCCACAUUCACCGAGCCCCUCUAUCCAGGGUUUCAUCUUUGGUAUGAUGGUGCCUCAGUGUCUCUGUGUCAGUGAUACACACACAUUGAACAC